UAAACCAUCGUCCCCCUUAUACAGUUGAUAGUGUUGAGAACCAAACACAAAAACCAAAAAAGUAGCUGCACUAAGACAACCAUGGUAGAAUACCCACCAAUUUAUAUUCCCGACCACUACUCUUAGCAAUCAGUUAAGCCCUUUAUCUGUCCUUCUUGCAUCCCAUCUCCUCCCAUUUUCUAUCAACUUUAAGUUCUAAUACUUUUCCUAUUAUUAAUCUUGUAUGUUCUUUAAGCAUGGAAGGGUGAAUCUCUCGAUAUAGUCCAGCAUAUGGAGCAAGCUCGUUAUUGGAUGUUGACAAAACGGAAGCAUAGUUUGGAUUCUCAUUUUCAGGCUUCAACCAAUCCUUCGUUUGAUGAUUCUUGGGAAGAACAAGCUUUCGCUGAAGAUGCAGCUGGUCCUCUCGGAGGAUGUAUAUGGCCUCCAAGAUCUUAUUCUUGUAGCUUUUGUAGAAGAGAAUUUAGGUCUGCUCAAGCUCUAGGAGGUCACAUGAAUGUCCACAGGAGGGAUAGAGCUAGACUCAAGCAAUCUUCAUGUCCUCACAAUGAAAUUCUCCAUCAUGAGCAUCAGAAACCUCGCAAUCACCCUCAAAAUCCCUAUACAUCUUUCGGUUUUCAAUACCCAUCUCAGCUUUGUACCUUGGAUUAUUGCCCUAACCCUAAUCCAGAUCCUGGUGUUAUUCCAUCCCGAACUUCAUCUUCUAGGGUUUCAAUUACAUCUACUCAAGAGAAUUUCUGUAAUAAAACCGUUUCCCCUCCUUUCACUUCUUUUAUUGUUGAAGAACAACAAAAGAGAUCCCAUAAAUCUUCCCCCCCGCAACAGACUAAGUUAGCAAAAGAAAGAUGUCAUAUAUCUUCUCUAAGCACUGAAGGAGAGCAGAAUUCAAGGAAAAUAGAAUCAGGAUGUAGAGCCAAAGUAGAUUAUGUCCAAACAGAUUUGUCUGUCAGCUUGAAUUUAGUCGUUCGACGAAGUCGCCCGAGCAUAUCAGACUGUGGGGAGGAGCCUAUGAGCUGCAAGAAACGGAGGAUUGAUAAAUCAUCAUUACCUUUCUUUCUAAAGUGUAAUUCAGUUGAUAAAAAUCAUGUCCAGUCUGAGAUGUUUGAAAUUAGCCCUUGCACUGUAGAUGAAUUGGAUCUUGAGCUCAGGCUUGGUGACCGGCCUAAGGUAAAGUAGUUGCAGAAUCUCGAGUGCUAUCAAACAUAUUACUGGCCGUCUGGCACCUUCUUUAUUAUGUUGUUUGAUUUCCUCUUUGCCGUUUUUUCUUCUUUUCCUUUCUUAGAUCAUGAGAUCAUGGCCUCUUUUCUUUGUUAGAUCCUUGAUCACUUCGGCAAUCUCUCAAUCGUUCAUGAUUUUGCCAGUUGCAUGUAACAAUAACAAUAUUAAGAAAAACAUGACAGAAAAACAUGAAGAGCUCAUCUAUCUUCCGCAAUAUCUUGUUUAUAAUAGCGAUUUUUUUUAUUGCAUCGACCAUAGUUACUAA